GCUCCCGCAGGUGAGAAAGUGCCAAGAUGCAGAUCUUCGUGAAAACCCUGACGGGCAAAACCAUCACCCUCGAGGUGGAGCCCAAUGACACCAUCGAGAACGUGAAAGCUGUCAACUGCCGCAAGAAGAAGUGCGGCCACACCAACAACCUGCGCCCCAAGAAGAAGGUCAAGUAGAGCCUGCAGCCCUGCCUGCACUGGCCAAUAAAGUGUUGCAACCCUCA